AUGCCUUCAGACAAAGCAGCCUACUUAGCAACACACUACCUCACCUCCAGCAGUAGCAAACCCUCCUCAUCCUCCACCAAAAAGCGCAAGCGCAAACAAGCAACCACCUCGGGCCUCCUCAUAACCGACGACGACGAAACAGGCUGGGGCGGCAGCGCCCACCAGCCCGACGCCGACGACGAUGACGCCCCCCACCACAGUAGCCGGCGCGACCACCGACUUCCCGGCGCACCAAAAAAUCCUGGCUGGAAAACCCUCGGGGGGGGCACCACCACCGUCACCACCACCACCUCCGCAGACGCCGACGCCGACGCGAUCAUCGCCUCCGCCGCAGCCGAAUCCGCCGCCGCGGCCGCCGCCCAAGCCGCCGAGGACCUCGACCUCGACUCCGCCACCUCCAGCACCAACACCAACACCCCGCAAAUGUCCAACGGCGCCCUCGCCGGCCUGCAAUCGGCCUCCGCGCUCACCGCCCAACUGCGCAAACGGCAACUCCUCGAAGCGGCCGAACUGGCCCAACUCCAAGCCGCCGCCGCCACCCCCAACAACCCCAACGACACCAGCACGCCCGAAGUAAUCCUUCGCGACGCAACAGGCCGACGCGUGGACGCGUCGCUGCGGCGCGCCGAAGCGCGGCGGCAGGCGGCCGAGGCGGAGCGGGCGGAGCGGGCGCGGCGCGAUCUGCUGACGGGGGAGGUGCAGCAGGCGGCGGCGCGGGCGCGGCGGGAGCGGCUGGAGGAGGCGGCGCUGCAGCCGGUGGCGCGGGGGAGGGAUGAUGCCGAGUUGAAUGAGGAGCUGAAGAGGGAGGGGCGGUGGAAUGAUCCGAUGGCGGAGUUCCUGGAGGUGGGGGGGGGUGAUGGAUGUGUAGCGAGGGUAUCGCGGGAGGGUUGGGUUAAGUAA